UAUCUUGUUUCCAUCAGCACAGGUAGAUCUGCAAGUAGGCCUUGUGGUCCCUCUUGCACCAGUACGUACUAGCAGGAUCAAGACCAUAACCUGACUGACUCGGCUCUCGCUCUAGUCAAGACAGAUGAACGGAGCUGGAUCCAUGCUUGGCUGUUUGUAAUACAGCAGUUUCAGCUGAUGCUGAUCAGUUUCUGAGGGAAGCAAUGAGACUGAAACUUCUGCACCUUCAGAUUAGGUCUUUCCACGCUUUAACAACGGUCUGCCAGUGCCAAAGCUUCGAUAAAACUGGAUGUCCGCUAUCAAAGCUGGAUAAUGAAGUUGACAGAACAGCUCACAGAACAGCAAAGUCUUGGAAUUUGUACGCUCUGAAAACUGCUUCCUCUUUUUUGACAAGUCGAUGCGUGCAAGUCAAGAAUUGGCAGUUGCUCCAAGGAAAUGUAUCGGCUUUGGGAAAAAAUGUUUACUAUCAGAGUGGGGAGGGUUUUUUUCCGUUCUGGAAAUGUUUUGGUGUGGCGACAACUGAAAACUACAAGCUCAAUACAGAGCAUAUUAAAAAGCUUAGAAACAUCUCAUCAAGGUUUUACUCGGUUGUAUCAGCUGGUAAAAUUAUUCCAAAACACAGUAACCAGCCAGUUAAGAGGCCACCGAAGGCACCAAGGACCAAGCAGCCAUCCAGAACUAACCAGCCACUACUGUCAGACAUGGAGAAUCUGAUGCAGUGCACAGCCUUUGCAACAGCAGAUGAAUAUCAUCUUGGUAAUCUGUGUCAUGACCUGACUUCACAUGGAUAUGUUGAAAUAACAAGUUUGCCUAGAGAUGCUGCAAACGUUUUGGUGAUUGGUACUGAGAAAUCUGCAAAAGAAGAUGAUCCUGGCAUGAUUUUUUUCUUCAGGGAAGGGGCUGUUGUGUUUUGGAAUGUGGAAGAGAAAAGUAUGAAGAAUGUCAUGCGAGUGUUAGAACAGCAUGAAAUUCAGCCAUAUGAAGUUGCACUAGUCCAUUGGGAGAAUGAAGAGAUGAACUAUAGAAUAGGAGAAGGUCAGUCAAAGCUUCAUAAAGGAGAAAUCUUGUUAAAUUCUGAGCUGGAUAGUGAUGAAGUUGUUCUGCAGAAAUUUGCCUUUUCAAAUGCCCUUUGUCUUUCUGUAAAGCUGGCUAUUUGGGAAUCAUUAUUGGAUAACUUCGUGGAAUCUAUCCAGUCAAUUCCUGAGAUACUGAAGUCACGAAGGAAGGUAAAACUGUCUCAUGCAGAUGUAAUGCAGAAAAUUGGAGAACUCUUCGCGUUAAGGCACCGUAUAAAUCUGAGUUCAGACCUGCUAAUAACACCUGACUUCUACUGGGACAGAGAAAAACUGGAAGAGCUUUAUGACAAGACUUGUCAGUUUCUUAACAUUAAUCGCAGAGUUAAGGUAAUGAAUGAAAAGCUUCAGCACUGCAUGGAGCUGACAGACCUAAUGCGAAAUCACCUGAAUGAAAAGCACGCUCUACGCCUCGAGUGGAUGAUAGUAAUACUCAUCACCAUAGAGGUUGGUGGGGUUUUUUUCCACUGUCACACUGAAAAUGUAAUAACAAGUUCAAUUUAUAUAUCUCAUAAUUUGAGAAUCAAGAUUAUUUUAUUUAUGUACUGUACAAGUAGAUUAGUCUUCAGUUCUUUGCAAGUAACUUGUGAAUUGCAGCUAUAGUUAUUUUUCAGAUUACUCGUUUACAGUGUAAGCUGUUUUAAGGAUCAUUAAAUCAAAUAAAAA